CGGGCGAGAGCGGGCGGCCGGCCGCGCACCUGCUACACCGCUCCGCACGCGCGACCUACUCGAUCUCGAUCGCGGUAUACGCCACUUCGCGAAAUUCAUAAACAAAAUAGACUAUCACUAUUUUCGCUUUUCUUUUGUUAAGUUGUUAAAGUUACCUUCUGCAAAUAUUUAAUUAUUUUAUUUCGUAUUGUUUUUAAAAUUAUCUAUGCAAGAUCUGUGACUUUGACUGAAGUGAAGAAGUUAAUAUAUGAAAAUAUAUUAGUGCAAAAACCGUCUUAUUAGCUGGAAUGCAAGAUCGCCACUGAGUGCGUUCAGAUUAGAUAGAACGCGAGACUUUCAUUCGAGUGUUGAUAAGGCCGUUUUAUGACCAAUACAUUUUGGCAAGUAAAUAUUUGGCCGACGAAUGAGACAUAUUAAGCAUCAUGAAGAGGAAAAAGUAGAAGACGGUGUUGUUAAAAAAUUUAAACUGUAAAAAUGAUUGACUUAAAAAGAUGACUAAAAUUUUGUUAGACGUAGCUCGCCGUCGGACUUUCGAGGACAAUUCUGUGACAUCUCGACCUUUGUUAUCAAAAUCGUUUUAAAAAACGGGCCGAUAAGCGGCAGCGCCGGCGGCCCGUGUGAACUGCUGCCGCGGACAAGGAGCUGUCGCUGCUAAGAUUUCCGAGGAUAAAGAAGUUGUUGAAGAUCCAAAAAUAGGUGACCAAAUCAAGAUGAGAAUUAAGAUGCCAGCUGUACGCAUCGCGCAAGCGGAUGCGGACAGCGCGGCGGAGGGCGGCGGUUCCCCAAGCCCGGGCGUGCCGGCAGACACGCUCACCUGUGGUGCCUGCCGCCGCGCCUUCGCUCUAGCUGACAUUGUGCGUUUUAUACAGCACAAAGUCUCCUCCUGUGACAAGGAUCUCACCUAUCACUGCUACAGUGCAGGGCCUAACUCUGACCAAGAAGAUGGAUCAAGAACAGGGCAGGUUGCGACGGGAAACUCUAGUGGAAGGCGGCCGUCGUUACUGACAGCCAGAAGACCUCCAAAUAGCAGGGUACACACCCCACCUCUCGUCAGCCCCUCGAUAGCACCACCUGACCUCAUCGAAGAUGGUGGAGCGUCGAGUACUCCCAAACGACUUUUGGACGAAGCAGACGCGGAAGCUUCAACGCCCAAAAGAAGAGCGUCCACCUCACCAAUGCCAUCAAGUUCUCCAGACGAGGACAUCAAACCUAAGAUCAAACAGGAACAUAUGGACACGUCCGGCUCACCGGAGGACCAAAAGAAAUCGAGGACUGAAGUAGCCGAUGCAGAGUCGAAUACAAUGCAUAGUGAACCAAGCAACUAUGUCUGCUCUACGUGCAAAGCGCGCGUGCACUCCGCGUGGAGGUUACUACAGCACGUUCAACACGUUCACGGAGUUAAAAUUUACGUAGAAACAAUGCCGCAACCGCAGAACAAACAGAACCACUCCACGUCAAGUACCUCAUCCUCAAGCUCAGGGUGUUCGUCUACAGGCGCUCCUUUACCACCUCCAUCGUUACGCCACCACCCCUUAUUACCCCCACCAGACAUGCAUUCCCCGUUUGGUGUUGGAGGUCUUCUUAGAAUGCCUCUACCGGGCAGCCUACCGCCACUGGCUCAUCCAUCGGUUCCUCCUGCGCCGCUGUUUGCGCGCCCAAAUCAUCAUGACCAUCGCUUUCGGAUGGAACAGUUGGUAUCAGAGCAGUUUCGUCACCAUGGCCUUAAUCUGGCAGCAGCUGCAGCAGCUGUAGCUGCCAAUUCUCUACCUCCUCACCAACCAUUCCCGUCGCCAGCUGAUCGCUCCCCGGCGAUACCAACAUCUCUCUCGGCUCGAGAUAGACCACCACCGGUUUCUCAACCACUCUCUCUCGAACCCCAGCUGGAUUUUUACUCGCAGCGCUUGCGGCAACUGGCAGGUACGACCAGUCCAGGGGCGGCCACAGGCAAUUCGAGCUCUCCUAGCCCCAGGAAGCAUUCGCCGCCGUUCGCUUCCCCGUCGCCCUCCCGAGUCGGUCAGACUCCACCGGCGGGCGCCGGAGCCGGAACGGUGGACGCGCCUCGAGAAGCCACGAGGCCGCAUAGCUCCAUUUCACCCGAUAGGAGAGUCGAACCACAAGCUGCUGACGCCCCUCCCACUGAACGCACCGCAACGCCGACAGUGAAACGGAAUAACGAGGAAACUGUGCAUUCUUGUGAAUUUUGUGGUAAAAAAUUCCGAUUCGAACAUAGCCUAAUGGUUCAUCGGCGAUCACAUACAGGUGAAAAACCUUUUAAAUGUACAGAAUGUGAUGAAUCAUUCGAAAAGGCAUCAAAAUUAAAAAGACACAUGAAAGUCCACCGUGCGCAAGACGCGACCACCGAGGAUGGCGAGUCCGGUGGCGAUACUGGCGAUGACGACUCAGAAGAUGAACUAGAAGACGAGGAGUUAGAUGGUGAGGAGGAGGAAGAAAAUGACGAAGGGGAUGAUAUAGAAGAAGCAGAAGAUUUGACGGUGUCAAACGGUAGCGCACCUUCUGCUCCACCCCGUAAACAAACUCCUGCAAUACCUGCUCAUCCACCUUCGGCAUCUGUUGUCGGAGAACUGAUGGAUAAAUUCGGUCUUUCAAAUAUUGCACAAUAUAGCGAAGCUUUCAAGCAAGCUCUGCAGGAGUCGGGUAAUUCACUAAAAUGGCAGCUAGCAAAAGACCGCGAUAAUAAUAAUGGUCCUCCCUCUGACAAACCUAACGGAAUGCCGCCGACUGCUGCAUUACGUUUGAAAGAGGAAUUUGCAAAAAUGCCGCCUCAGCCACAUCCUCUGUUCAACCCUUUUGAGAAUCCAUUUGAAGCAUCUAAACGCAUGAAGCUAGAUAUGGAGAGGGGGGACGGUUGGUGGUUGCCAACACUGCACGCACAGCGACCGCCUGACAAUAUUUUUGAUGGUCUCAAAAACAGCGGCAAUGGAUUAUUACAAAAUUCAUUGCUAAAAUCAAAAGAUGGACGGCGAAACGACACCUGUGAGUUUUGUGGCAAAGUUUUCAAAAACUGCUCAAACCUGACGGUACAUAGACGAUCGCAUACGGGUGAAAAGCCAUAUAAAUGUGAGUUAUGUUCGUACGCAUGUGCUCAGAGUUCGAAGCUGACGAGGCAUAUGAAGACUCACGGCAGGCUCGGUAAAGACGUAUACCGUUGCAGAUUUUGCGAGAUGCCUUUCUCGGUACCAUCAACGUUAGAAAAGCAUAUGCGUAAAUGUGUUGUGAAUCAAAGUAACGGUGGGGCACUCGCUUUGUCUGACGACUCGAACGCGUGCCGAGACGAAGCCUCGUGACUCUACCCGUGGGGCGGGCUGCGCCUGCCGCCGCCCGCGCCGCCCAGCCAAAUCUUCUAAAGCUCGAACCUCGAGCAGAUGCAAUGUGCUGUGUCACGAACGAUGACGUUGAGUUCGGGUGGACAGAUGUUCAAUUUCUAGUCUUAAGGAGUUAAUGAAACAAAUGUUUAAGCAAUUUUAGCCCAAAAAUGCAAACUCCGAAGGGCAUUAAUUUAUCUGCUAUUUAGUGACAUAUCUCGUGUAUUGAGUGUUAAACAGUUCCAGUUGUAUUGUUGAUGUUAGCUCGAGUUUUUUUUUGGUUAUUUACGUUCGAGGCUGUACUAGGAAUCUUUAUGUUACAUUCUAUCGUUUUAUUGAUUGUAAAAAUUCAAGGAAACCAAUGCCAAAGUUAGCUAUGUUAAUUUACGAUAUACUUUAGUUAUUUAAGCUGUAUAGUGUCAAUUAAUACAAUUUUUCCAGUAUUUAUUAAGAUCUUCAUAGUAUCGGUAGUGAUAUGUGUUUUUCGUUGUAAGUUGUUUAGUAAUUUUUAGAAUAUUAUGUACCUACAAGCAAAAUGUUUCCUAUCCUAGAUAAAACUCUUGUAAAUAUUUAAUUUAAAUGUAAGUGUUUGUGUAAAUUGUGAAGCUACUUAUUGAUGUUAACUGUAACAUUAAAUUUUGGCAAAUUUAAAAAAUAAUCGCAAAAUAUUCGGCAAAAAAUACGGUGAGUUUCCUUUAAUCGAUAACUUUAGUGUUGUAGAAAACGAAAUUGAUAUCGAUUAUAAGGGUAGGUGUUAUAACAAGGUAUUUCUGUAUCUAAUAAGUGUUUAAAUCAAAUUAAAUUAAAAAAAAUAUUUCCAAAAAGUAUUCAAUGUCUCGCAAAUUUUUUCGCUUUCUUUCUCAUAAAUGGGUAAUAGUUUUUUUUGUUAAGACUGAACAAAUAUUCCAGUUUGUUUUAUUAAAUUUCCUUGUGAUUUUGAAAUUCGUGAAAGUUAUUAGCAACUAAAUUAGUCCAAGUUUGAAAUCUUUCAGUAUACGUACUUAAUGUAAAUUAUAAUAGAAUUUAUAUUAGAUAAUUGUAAGUAAAUUAUAAAUAGAUUACAUUUUGUCUCCGAUGUCGACCACAACUCUACUGUUAGGGCCUCUUCACAUUGUGUUUGAUAAACACGUAAUAAAUAUAAUGUAAACGGGCCCUAAUCAAUUUAAAUAUAAACAAUAAUUCAAAACCAAUU